UCUUGAUACCUCACAAGAGUACCUUAAAAACAGAGCUCGAUUUGUUCAACUUAUAGUUGAAAGCGAUCUGUUAUUCUUAAUCCUCAACUUCUAUUGAAUAUUAUGGAGUAUAUAAAGACUCUAAAGAAUGCCCCACUUCAGUAUUCUGGCAGCAUGAAGCUGUUUGGAGGUUUAAUAAUCUGGGUCUGCCUGGGCGCAGCAGGACCUAACUGGCUUUCUACGUUCGCCACCGGCUUUCAGGUCCAAGUGCGAAUUCCAAUAUGGGAUGUUUCAGGACUUAUAAAAAAAUUCACCGGCUCCGCCACGGGCCAUGUCAGUAAUCACAAAAAAAAAGAACGACCUGUUCCUGAAGACUAUUGGCCGGCGUUAUAUGGAUACUAUGAUCCGUUGGCUUAUCCACCGCCACCUUAUUACCCAUACCUCCCUUAUGCGCCACCGACAAAUCCACCAACACAUCCACCAACAAAUCCACCAACAAAUCCACCAACCAAUCCUCCAACCAAUUCUCCAACGAAGACACCAACAAAGGCACCAACAAAACGACCAACACUUCGACCAACAAAUACACCAACAAAUUCGCCAACGAAGGCACCAACGAAACGUCCAACGAAGCUGCCAACGAAAACACCCACAAAGACACCAACAAAACGACCAACAAAACCACCAACGAAACAACCAACGAAGCCAACGACUACAGGACCGCCGGAAGAAACAACAACUGAAGCAACAGAAUCACCAACAGAUACAACAACAGAGGAAACAACCGACGCAACAACGGACGCAACUACUGACGGAACAACAGACGCAACUACGGACACAACAACGGACGCAACCACGGACGCAACUACGGACGCAACUACGGACGCAACUACAGAUGGAACAACAGUCGCAACAACGGAAACAACACUCACAUUAAGAGAUCAUGAUCAAUGCUUAUUGUUCCCUCACACUCCAGAGUGUCAAAUAAUUGAAUCAGUGCACCUAGUAAACAACAAGUUCAGUAACGUGUUGUAUCCGGAAAAGAAGCUAUCGAUUGAAACCAUGCCUCACUCAGUGACCUCUCUUUGCUUCUAUUAUCCGCGUCUGUGCUUGAAGCCCGAAGAAGCUCAAUUCGUAAGAUUGUCGGAUGAAAAUGGAAGACCUUUGCUCUUGAUAAGUCCAGUAGAAGAA